GUUAAGGCGGGGAUGCCUCUCAUGUAGCGGGUUUUGCUAGGCAGAAAUCGCGCACAGGCAGCACACCCCUCUCUGCCCGCGCGGGUUCGGGCGCGUGCUGUACUGUAUUCUGCUGCAGAGUGGAACGCGUGACGUCAACGCUGGAGCAGUUGCCUGGCUCGCGAGGAAAAUGGGGAGAAAUUUGCGAGGAUGAGGCCAGGAGGAGCCACUGACACAGACGUACCAGCAGAGGGCAGCGCUGAGCGAUAACGGAACGGACGCAGACUGUGCCGCGCUCGUGGGAGGGGCUUUUAAUUCUGUGUCGGGCCGUUGAUGGCCUGUUCGUCAUGCGGGCCACGCCCCCCGCCUCCUCAGCCCCCGCCUAAAGCCCCGCCCCGCUUCUUUUCCCGGCGAUGAGGGGAGCCGCCCGGUGCCCGCGGAGCGCGCUGAGCUGCGGGCGGAGCGGCAGGGCGUGACCCGGGCGCGAGCGUGCGCGCGGAAUGGCCUCCCUGGACCUGCCCUACCGCUGUCCUCGCUGCGGGGAGCACAAGCGUUUCCGGAGCCUGUCCUCACUCCGGGCCCACCUGGAGUACAACCACACCUACGAGACCCUCUACGUGCUGUCCAAGUCCAACAGCGUCUGCGACGGUGCCCUCGUCCCCCUGGUGACCGACCGGCCGCUGCUGACCCCUGCCGGUGGCGGCGGCCGCGACCACUACGCCGGCAAGGAGCCGCGGCUGGCCUACGACCUGCCCUGCGCGGACGACCUCGGCCUGACCGCUGCCGCCGCCCGCUGCAUCCCCAAUGUAGAGAUCCCGCUGAGCGAGAUCUUUGUCAAGAAAGGCAUGGCGUCCGCCACCCCGACCCCGACGCCGGGCAACGCCGUCGCCGUGGCAGCCAACGUAGCGGCCAGCGCCGUGGAGGCCGCCUACGAGGAGGGCCUCGCGCGGCUGAAGGUGCGGGCCUUCGAGCGGCUGGACCUGGACGAGCGGCUGGAGAAGCUGUCGGAGGAGGUGGAGCAGAAGAUCGCGGCCCGCGUGGGCCGCCUGCAGGUGGAGCUGGAGAAGAAGAGCUCGGAGCUGGAGAAGGCCAAGCUGGAGAGCGUGCGGCUGAGCCAGGAGAAGCAGGACCUGGAGGACAAGGCCUCGGAGCUCUCCCGGCAGGUAGACGUCUCCGUGGAGAUGCUGGCCUCCCUCAAGCAGGACCUGGUCAACAAGGAGCAGGAGCUCACCCACAAGCAGCAGGAGGUGGCUCAGAUCGACCAGUUCCUGCAGGAGACGGCGGCGCGGGAAGCUAACGCUAAGGUACGCCUGCAGCAGUUUAUUGAGGAGCUGCUGGACCGGGCCGACCGCGCCGAGAAACAGCUCCAGAUCAUCAGCAGCUGCGGGACCACGCCCAAUGGCAGCCUUGGCCGCUGCAGCAUCCCCGGCUCCAAGGGGACCGGCCGCCAGAGAAACUCCAGCAUCUCUGGGACGUCGAGGGGAAUGUACCAGGUGUCUGACCGCCACUCCUCUCCCAGUACAGGGGCAUCCGGCCGGGUGAAGUCGGUGUCGCAGGGCUCGGGGGGCUAUGACAGCGACAGUGUGGAGAUGCACCCGCUGGAGGAGGGCCCGGAGGCGCAGUACUACCACGUGCAGUGCCGCCUGGGUGAGGGCGGCUACGAGCGUGCCGCCGUGUCCCGCGGCUGGGGGCUCCGCAAGCAGGCCAUCCAGAACUGGCAGCGCCGGCCCUACCGCAACAGCACCGAGGGCGAGGAGGGCGACGUGUCCGAUGUGGGCUCCCGCACCACCGAGUCCGAGGCCGAGGUCUGGGAACAGGACCGCCGCACCGAGUCACAGCACGCUGCACCCAACAGGCCCGGGUACCGCCUGGGCACAGGUCGUUCGGAGGGCGGCUGCAAGCCUUGUCGGCACGAUAAGAGCAGCCCCUCCAAGUCGAAUGAGGUGAUCAGCCCGGAAGUGCUGAAGAUGCGGGCCGCCCUCUUCUGUAUCUUCACCUACCUGGACACCAAGACCCUGCUGCGCGCUGCGGAGGUCUGCCGCGACUGGAAGUUUGUGGCGCGACACCCGGCCGUGUGGACCCGCGUCCUGCUGGAGAAUGCCCGCAUCUCCUCUAAGUUCUUAUGCACACUGUCCCAGUGGUGCACACAGACCCACUCCCUCAUCCUGCAGAACCUCAAACCCAGGCAGAGGGGCAAGAAGGAGACCAAAGAGGAGUACCUAAAGAGCACGCGUGGGUGUUUGGAGGAGGGGCUGGAGGCUCUCCUGAAGGCGGCCGGGGGCAACCUGCUGAUCCUGAAAGUGUCGCACUGUCCGAACCUGCUGACUGACCGCUCGCUGUGGCUGGCCAGCUGCUACUGCCGCGCCCUGCAGGCGGUCACCUACAGGAGCGCCACUGACCCUGUGGGGCAGGAGGUGAUCUGGGCCCUGGGAGCUGGCUGCAGAGACAUCAUCUCCCUGCAGGUGGCGCCACUGCACCCCUGCCAGCAGCCGGCACGCUUCAGCAACAGGUGCCUGCAGACCAUUGGCCGAUGCUGGCCACACCUCCGGGCCCUGGGAGUGGGCGGGGCCGGGUGUGGCAUCCAGGGGCUGGCCUCAUUGGCGAGGAACUGCAUGCGGCUGCAGGUGCUGGAGCUGGACCACGUGAGCGAGGUCAACCAGGAGGUGGCAGCAGAGGUGUGCAGAGAGGGGCUGAAGGGCCUGGAGAUGCUGGUGCUCACCUCCACACCGGUCACCCCAAAAGCCCUGCUGCACUUCAACAGCGUGUGCCGGAAUCUCAAGUCCAUCGUGGUGCAGAUUGGGAUUGAGGAUUACUUCGAGGACCCCAACAGCCCCGAAGCCAGGAAGCUGUUCGACGAGAUGGUGAACAAGCUGCAGGCCCUGAAGAAGAGACCCGGCUUCUCCAAGAUUCUGCAUGUGAAGGCGGAUGGAGUUUGCUAACCCUAACCUGCACACCCCCCCCCCA